UCCAAACAACAAACAAACAAACGUUUGGCUAAUGUUUUACAAAACAAAAACAAAAUUCAAUUAAAACAAACAUUAAGUUUAUAAUUGAUUUUAUUGUCAAUUGAUUUGAUAUUAAAAACACGUGUUGUGUGUGUGUGUGUGUGUGUGUCUACACACGUGUUAGCAAUCAAUUUACGCGCUUAUAAUAAGACUAUAGUGUUGACCGCGCAAAACCCGCGCGCGUGUGUGUGAAGACAACUACGACCAGCCGGCCAUGUCUUUAGCCGAUGAAUUGUUGGCCGACUUGGAGGGCGGCGAUGACGACGUGGACGACAUGGAACUGACGGCUAGGAUGGCGGCCAACGGCGGUAGCGGUGGCGAAACACCGAUGGAAACGGACGGCAGCGGUAGCGGACCGACCACUCAGACACAGUAUACAUCGGUCCGGUCGUUGGCCAAACUGGUCGACAGCGAAGAGUUGGCAACAGUUAUGUCGGAAAUACGGGCCAAACAGUUGUCGCAAGAAGGGUCGGCAUUGGGCCGCAAGUGUCAGAUCGACGGUCCGGUCGAAUCGCAUCCCGAAUACAAGCUUAUAGUCGACGCCAACAAUAUGGCCGUCGAGAUUGACAACGAUAUUACGGUUAUCCAUAAGUUUGUUAGGGAUAAGUACGCCAAACGUUUCCCGGAGUUGGAAUCGCUGGUCCAGUCGGCUCUCGAGUAUCUGAUGACAGUCAAAGAGUUGGGUAACGAUCUCUACAAAGCCAAGACCAGCGAAGUUAUGCAACAGUUUCUAACUCAGGCCACUAUUAUGGUCGUAUCGGUAACGGCAUCCACCACUCAAGGCCAACAGCUAACCGACGAUGAAUUGGCCAACAUUUACGAAGCCUGCGAUAUAGCUGUCGAUCUGAAUCAAAGCAAACUAAAGAUCUACGAGUUUGUCGAAUCAAGGAUGACGUUCAUUGCGCCGAAUUUGUCGGCAAUUGCCGGCGCAUCCAUUGCCGCCAAACUAAUGGGUUUGGCCGGCGGUCUGACCAAUCUAUCGAAGAUGCCGUCGUGCAAUCUGGAAGUGUUGGGCUCCGAACGGCGAACUUUGGCCGGUUUUUCGUCGACAGCCAUUAUGCCGCACACGGGUUUCGUAUUUCUGACCGAUUUGGUACAGAUAUCGCCGCCCGAUUUACGCCGGAAAGCUGCCCGACUGGUGGCCAACAAGUGUACGAUAGCUGCCCGAGUAGACGCCUCGCAUGCAGCCACUGAUGGUUCGAUUGGUCGCCAGUAUCGGGAGAAAAUUGAACGCCAACUGGAUAAAUUACAGGAACCGCCACCGGUCAAACAGGUCAAGCCGUUGGCCACACCGAUAGAUCAGCCGCAGAAAAAGCGAGGCGGCAAACGUAUCCGUAAGCUAAAGGAACGUCUAGUGAUUACCGAUUUGCGCAAACAGGCCAAUCGUAUGACAUUCGGCGACAUUGAAGACGACGCCUAUCAGGACGAUCUCGGCUUUACGACUGGCCAAAUGGGCCGAUCGGGAACCGGUAAGAUACGUGGUCCGGCUGUCGACGAAAAAACUAAAGUACGCAUAUCGAAGACACUGCACAAGAACUUACAGAAACAGCAGUCGUACGGCGGCAGUACUACUGUCCGCAAACAAGUAUCGGGAACGGCAUCGUCGGUGGCCUUUACACCUCUGCAGGGCCUGGAGAUUGUCAAUCCGCAGGCGGCCGAAACCAAAGUCAACGAGGCUAAUGCCAAAUACUUUUCAAAUACAUCCGGAUUUUUGAGUGUCCGACCCAAUUGAUCCAAUAGUUUUUUGUUUGUUUGUUUUUUUUGGUUACCAUUUCAUUUGUAUUUAAAAAAAAUUAUAAAUAACUUUCUAUAUAAUAAAAAUC